UAUAAUGGGUAUUUGUAAAUGCAUUGUUAAGAGUACUCAAACUACUUCUGCAUUGUCUUUAGGUAUUAUUUAGAUCGAUAAGAAUUUACAUCCUACAAAGAUGCUUAUGAAGGAAAUGGUGGAAAUUUAAGAGACUAUAGAUUAGAAGAUCCUCCAUUAGGAUAAGGUAGAGUUGUAUAAAAUGUAGGUGCAUUUGGUACAGUUUGGAAGGCUAUUCAUAUAGCAAGUGGCUAAUACAGAGCUAUAAAGUAAAUAAAUAAAUUAAAAGCGAAUGAAGAUGAAUUCUAAUAGAUAAUCAAUGAGGUUAAUAUAUUAAAAUCUUUAGUAUUAAAAUAAGUUUAUGAUAGGAUCAUCCUAAUAUCAUUAAAAUAUUUGACUAUUUUGAGGAAAAGGAUCAUCUUUAUAUAGUUACAGAAUUAUGUUCAGGAGGAGAAUUAUUUGAUAAAAUAAUAAAAUCAAACUUUUUUUCUGAAAAAGAUGCUGCUCUUGCAAUGAAACAAAUAUUAUCAGCAUUGAAUUAUUGUCAUUAAUCAAAGAUAGUUCAUAGAGACAUUAAACCAGAAAAUUUAUUAUAUGAUCAUGAAGGUGAGGAUAGUUAAUUAAAAAUAAUUGACUUUGGCACAUCUUAAAAGUAUGGCAAUUAAAAGUUAGAAGAAAAGAUAGGCACUGUAAUAAGCUAAAUUCAAUUCAAUUUUAGGCAUAUUAUAUGGCACCAGAAUUAAUUGAUGAAAGAUAUGAUGAAAAAUGUGAUAUAUGGUCUACAGGUGUUGUUUUAUUUAUUUUGUUAUGUGGUUCACCCCCAUUUGAUGGAGAAACAGAUGAAUAAAUAAUAAAAAGAAUAUAAUAAGGAAAUAUAUAUUUUGAACAGUAAUAAUGGAAAUCUGUUUCGAAUGAAGCGAAAGAUUUGGUAAUGCAAUUACUAAAUAAGAAUCCAGAGAAAAGAUUAUCAGCAAAUAAAGCAUUGAUGCAUCCUUGGAUAUUAAAAUAUACAUCAGAAGAAUUGAAAGCUCCUGAAUUAAAAAAUGUAUUGAAUAAUAUGAAGCACUUUCGAGUAAUUUUAUAUAUAAAUUAAUUAUAGACUACUUAAAAAGUAUAAGAAGCAGCUUUUCUUUAUAUUGUAAAAUAAUUCAUUUCAAAAGAGGAGAAAUAAGAAUUAUAGAAAUUCUUUAAAUUUCUUGAUAAAAAUGGAGAUGGAGUGCUGACAAAAUAAGAAUUAUUAGAUGGAUAUAAGAAAAUAGUAAGUUAAUCGGAAGCAGAAUUACAGGUUGAUUAAAUAAUGAAAUAAGUGGAUAAAAAUGAAUCUGGUCUAAUAGAUUAUUCUGAAUUUGUAGCAGCAACUAUAAAUAAAUAAAAAUUAUUAUAAUAAGAUAUUUUAGAAUAAGCAUUUAAAGCAAUAGAUAAUGAUAAUAAUGGAGCAAUUACAGUUGAGGAAUUAAAGCAUAUGUUUGGUGCAGGAAAUAAGAUUCCAUCUGAAGCAUGGAUAAAAUUAAUGGAAGAUGUAGAUAAAAAUGGAGAUGGAGUAUUAUCUUUGUAAGAAUUCAAAGAGAUGAUGUUAAAACUUUAAAUUGAUUGA